AUGAAAUUCAUAAUCUUACUAGUGGUAACCAGUGCUAUUGUAGCAUCCAGCCUAGUUCAGGCUCAAGGUAAUCCUCUCUACACUGGUCAGCCUGGCUGUUUAACGGAAGAAGAACUGAUUGUGACGCUCUAUCCACACUUCCGUAAUAAACGUGCCUAUUGGAGGUGUUCUGUAUUGGGCCAAGCUGCUACUUUGGAAUUAUGUCCAAUUGGUGAUGGAUUUUUGGCCACGGAAAAAACUUGUGUACCUUGGAUCAACUGGCAGUGGACUCCAACAGUGGCACCACCCAGUUCACCAAAUCAACCAGCGGCAGAAGGAGAACAACCAGCUCAAUAA